AUGACUGAGCCUCCAAAAGUGGUUACCCUUAACGUAGGGGGACAGGUUUAUACCACCACCCUCUACACUAUAACACAGUAUUCUGACUCAAAACUUUCAGAGAUUUUCAAUGGAGAGAGCAGCGUACCCAAAGACCCAAAGGGAAACUACUUCAUCGAUCGAGAUGGUGUAUUAUUCAAGCACGUCUUAAACUUCUUGCGAACCCGUAAGCUGGUCUUGCCCAACGACUUUAAAGAGUUUGAACAGCUUGAGAUAGAGGCAAACUUCUACAAAAUCAAGUCUUUACAAGAAGAAGUCAAGAAAGCUAAAGAAUCCCAUCAAUCUGUAGAUUCUGGCCCAGAGAUUUUACGACUCUUUUACAGCUCCGGGACAAAGCUGGUGUUAGCUGGCGGAUUAGGAAUGCUUCAACAACUCGUACCCAAUAUACGUUUGCUCGGAGGUUCCAUUGCAAAAGGUCCUGCUUAUAACUUCAGUACUGCUAAGGGGGUUGUCGAGGGAGGGCAAGCUACAGUUCCGCUUAAGUUGGAGCAACUGGAUGCUUUUCUCCAACACGUCGUCAACGAGGGCUUUGAAGUCAAGAUGUCAGAUUUCUUCUUAGAUGGUAAUGCAAGUCAAGUCUGGGUGUUUGUGCGAAAGUAGUGUCGAAAUGCAUAAUGCAUUGGCUCUACACAAGAGAGAAUAAUUAUCAUCACUCUUGCUCUUCAAGAAUAAGAAGAAUUUUUAGUUAGAAAAAGGGACAAAUUUUGUACUCAAAUGUGUGAUAAAGACAAAUGAAACUUGUUAGGGGUACGUUCAACUGCCUGAACUUAAAAAAAAUCCCAUAAAAUGCCAUUAAGAGGCAACGGAAUUCUAUAAACAGCUAAAUAUUGCAAGUAAGCCAUGAUUUGAUUCGCUUACGUUAAGGUACAACUUAUAGUUAAGUAAUGUUUAGUGUUUUUAAUAGUAAGAUUGUCGGUUAGUCCGCUAUCGCGUCCUCGAGUGCCUGACAGUGUCAUCAUACAUGAACGGGCACUAUAACCGUUAAUGUUAGGACUGAUAGUUGCGCUUAAUGUGAAGUGCCUCACACUGAUAUUAAAAGAUUACACUAUAUAAAUCAACAAUGAAAAUAUUGUAUUGUUUUGCAGAAUAAAAAAAGUAGAAUACGGUAUUGCAGCGUCAAAGAUAACAAAAGGACUCGCAAAUGGCAGGUUGUUGAUUAUAGACUUAGUCCAAGACACUCCCAAAUAUCCAAGUACUUUAAUCUUUUCACAAAUAUUCUAUCAUUUGUUCACAGUGACUCAAACCAUAAUGAGGGUCAUACCCUGCAUAAAGUACUAAUGGAUCAGACUCAUAGUGGGUCAGGCAGGGCAGCCAGCUGUAUGUAGACACCCCUUUAAGAACUUUAACCGUUCCGUUAAAUUAAUUGUUUAUCUUCCUUGUCUCGUAAUUGUGUGUUUCGGAAAUGUUCGAGCAUUCUUUUCCGGCAUAGAGAACAACAAAGACUUUCUCAAAGCCCGUUUCCGGUUUCUGCUGGUUAGGCUUAUGUCGCUCAUCUCAACUGAUUUUUUGAAAAGCAACCUAACGAAAUUUGCAGUCAUUUGAGUCAGAAGGCAUCAAAAUGCAGGUUUCUUAAGCCCGUUAAGCUAAAAAAUCACAGUAACGAAGGAAAACGAAAGGAGAAAAAGAAAGAGCGAGGAGAAGGAAAGGAGUACAAGAAAAAAAAGCAAUGGCUGCACUCUGAGUUUUUAUAAUAGCUACUUUGGAGAUGUUGGACGCAAAAGGUUCAGGCUCCGGCUAAGAUUACAUCCAAGGAAGGAGAUGAAACAAGCUCUGUUAAGCUUUAGACGAAUAAUAGAUGUAAACGGCUUUCUUUUCUGCUCACGUCUCUUUGCACCGUCCGGGGCACCGUCAUGCACCGUCCCCACGAUCUGAACACCUGAAGCAGGCUAUCCACUUUAUGAAACACGCCUUUAAGACUUGCCCAAGAAAAAUCGAUCGUAUCCUGCAUAACUACGUAAGUGGGACAAAAUUGAGUCCGCGGUUCAUAAUUAAUAAGUGUAGUUUCAAUUUCGGCUGUCGUCAUGCAGGAAACUAAGGUCAUCAGCAAAUUGAAUCCCGAAAAGUCAUGACAGGAAAUCGAAGUAUUCAUUCUGAUCGAACGCAUCCCUGCAGAGAAUUUGUGAAUAGUGUUUUCAUUGACCACCCUCAGACAAGAAAGUAACUAUUGUAAAUAAUCACCGUCAGCGAACCAAUAUUGAGGUAACCUUGAGAAGCAAGCUGUUUUUGUGACUUUGGGACCCACCACCCCUUGGAUCUCGCUCUGGGCGUGGGUAACCUUUCGGUAACAUCGUGUGACGUUUUGCUAUUGUUCACUGACUACCACAGAACCGGAAAUCUUUGAUGUGGCAAAUUCAGCUUGCUAGCGAAACAACCGAUGGUCUGUUUUUGAUAAAUUACAAUCAUUUUAAGGUAAGUAAAAGAUUUUGAACGAGUCGUGUCUUGUUGUAUACGACGUUUUGUAAUUGCUCACCCAACAGUCACGUAAGAUAUUCUGUUAGAAUUCGGGAAAUUAAGACCAGGGUCAUAUGAGUUUUCUCCGGAGUUGUUAUGUGUAGGGUUACCGAAAUAAUCCCUAAUGUUUUAUGUAUACAGGAAAAAUGAUUCCGGUAAAUGAAAUUCGUUUUUCGUCAAGUGACGAAAAGACACAAACAUACAUGGAUUUAUGUACCUCUUUAUGAAUUAAUUAGUUUAAUGGAGUGUAAUAGUUUUAAAAUUGAUUCUCGUCAGUAGCAUGGGCUCCUGGUCUCGUGAAAACUCUAUUGCGACACAACAUAGGCAAGGUGCUAUGUAUUCAAUCCUAGCCACCUUAGAUUCAUACACAUAGUUGACGUUAUUUCACUCCAAAAGCACUUACAUUUGUAAUGAUUUUUAACCCAGGCUAAUCGGUUCCUUACACAGGGAUAUCGCACUUCCUCCGACAACAGACGAUUUAAGACUAGACUACGCUAAUUAUAAAACUGAUUUUAAAAAUUCUUACUUCCGCUUAAUGACCUCAAUGUUUUGCAAGCAGGAUGUUGUUAGCCAGUGUAGCGGACCCCCCUCCCUUCAGAAAAAAAAAAUGAGGGAAGGGGGAGAUGGCUAGGCUAGAUGUUUUAAACACAUUCCGGUAUUCCCUCUGCCACCGUUAAUAGCAAAAAAUCAAAUUUUCCUCACGAGGCCUGACCAUGUUUUUUCUUCUGUGUUAUAUAGAAACAGUGUUGUUAUGGCUCCGAUGGCACAGUAUUUUGUUUUACAGGAUCCGGCUGCUGCUAAACGAACUGUACCCUUUGAAAUACAUGUCCGUUUUAGCACCAUGUUCAAUGCUGUGGACAAAAGCGUUCUUUUCUUUCAUCACACCCUACUAAAACGAGUUCGAGCAAAAUUAUAUUCAGUAAAACACGAAUGUCAAUGGCCAUAUCAAGAAGUCAAUAGCAAAGUUCCCGCUUAAUACAGGCUUCAAUGUGCCCUCUUCGGGACAGAACGGCCAAAAUCCUUAGUCUGUCUAGUAAUACGCCAUCGUGAAGGCCAAGUUCGAAAGCGUCCCUCCUCAUAAAUAGCUAGGCGCGUCAGUUGAUCUGCUGUGUUAUUUUUCGCUUAUUAGGCGCAUCCUCGAUUGUCCAGACACGCAAAGAGAGCUACGUAUUUCAACGAAAUGUGACGUUGAGCAGUCUAUAUUAAGAAUUGUUUAAAUCAUAUGAGAAUACUUUUUUAACUUAGCGACCAUUUACGAAAAGAGAUAGUCGGUGUAUGGUACAUAUAUACCUGAGCUCUAUUUAUAAUCGAGAUUCAGAGUAGCCUGAAAGGCUAAGAUCUUCGAGAAUAUAAGUAAUAUAAAAGAAAAAAUAAGAAUCAGCAAUCCACACGAAGGUCUUAAGGUUGAACUCUCCACGACAGUCAAUUUACCAUUAUCAUGAAGAUAAUUUUUAUGACAAAAUUGUCCUAAUUGAUUUUCAUUCUGUUCCCCCUGCCUCAAGACAGUCUUGGAUUCUGAAUUCCACGCUGUGGAUCUCGGAUUCCAAUAACUGGAUCCGGAUUCCUCGUCAGUGGAACUUGGAUUUUGGAUACCAACUGUAAGCGGGACUCUGGAAUCCUGGACCUGAAAUUCGGAUUCCAAAGCCCAGUUUUCCGGAUCCCCGAAUACUUUGCAUGGGGCCGAUGAAUCCUGAGAUAGACAAGGUACAAUGUCACUGCAUGUUGAGCGAGAACGACUAAAACUAAAAAAUAACUCAUCUCCGAAGUGGAGGUGACUAGCAAGUACAAUACUCGCUUUCAAGCAGUUCGUCAUCCAGGACGGUUGAAAAUGCUAUGCACUGGCUUGGGAAUUACCACUUUCUAUUUUUUUUGGCCCCUCACAUAAUCGGACCGGGAAAUAAUUAACCCGUUUUGGACGGCUAGGGUCGUAUGCGACCCAUAUGAAACGAUGCAUACAUUCCUCCCUGAACCCAUUUAGCUUUCAGUUGAAUUUAAUAAAUCAGUAAGCAACAACGUCAGCAAAGAUAGAUCUUUCCAGCGAUACAUCGGUCUGGGUAUUCUGACUAAUCCUGACGGAGUUACACUCACAGGAAAGGUAACAUUUUGGGGAAAAAUCCACUGCCAAUUUCGCUGUUUACAUACUACAAAAAAUUGAAUUUGUCCCUUUCCUAAAGAGUUAGCCAGCCAUAAUUACAUGCAAAAGAGAGACGAUAAAGUAGGCGAAAAACGCCAAUAAAGAAGGAAAAGAAGGGAAAAAAGAGAGCGAGAGAGAAAGGUCGAAAUAGAUUCGCAAAAAGUCCAAAUUUUGGCUAUAGCGCAAGCGUGGAAAACAAAAAAAAAGUUGUUUAAUUACGUCAGAUUAGUCGGAAAAUAUGCCUUUUUUCUUCACAAAACUCGUUUUUAGCCAUUCUUAUGCUAAUUAGCCGAAAACUAGUCCAAAGAAGAGGAAUUGGUGGAAAAUGCGGUUUUUUUCGCUACUCGCCGGCCAGAAAGCCCAGGAAGUUGUCAGUGGCAUGUGUCUUCAUUAACUUAAACCAAUAUACUUGUUAAAAUUUAAUUUACACUCUCUCAAAAUCCCAAAAAGAGAGUUUGUUAGAGGACGUUCGAUGUACAGACGUUUGAAUUUGCUGCGAAAUUGCCAAGAGAUUCUCUCUUGCAAACGGUAGAAGGGUCUUGGAGAAAGUUGGUUUUGCCUUUUAAAACACACAGUUUUAUUUACUUUGACACAGAUUUAACAUCAAUAGCUAAGAAGUUAAGAUUACGGGAUUGAUGAAAAUAUAGUUAAGAGAGGGUUUUUAUUUCUUAUUUUCUACAUUUUACAGCUUCAGAAGAUGGAGAAAGCGCAAACGCUUCCAUCGAUAAUCGACAUUAACGUUGGCGGCCAUGUUUAUACAACAUCUUUGGCUAGUCUGACCAGGUAUCCUGAUUCUAUGCUGGGUGUCAUGUUCAGUGGUCGUCGUCCCGUUGCUAAGGAUUCCCGGGGAUGUUUCUUUAUCGAUCGUGAUGGACCAAUGUUUCGGUACGUCUUAAAUUUCUUGCGCUCUUCCAAGUUAAAUUUACCGGAAAGUUUUCAAGAAUUUGAUCAGCUCGUAGAAGAGGCCGAUUUCUAUCAAAUUGAUCCACUAAUCGAAGCUUUACGGAAGGUGAAGUCCUCACAAAGACCUGUUGCGAGUUGCCAAGUCAUUCGACUUACUCUGGACCGAGACAAACAUGGACUGGAAACACUGUUGACCGUGUUUGCCGAGGGUUCCAUACUGGAAGAGGUUUUCCGGGGACAUGAUUGUAUUGGAAGCUCUCUCAUCUUUUCUUUUGAUAAAGAACAGGCAGACUCAUCAACUGCAGCAAUUCUGCAAGAAAUAAUAAACCAUGGGUUUGAAGUGAUGACGAGACUCUCGCAUCCUGAAGAUAAAUCCAUCAAUGAAUGGUUUUUCUUUCGUAAACGUCGAUGA